AUGUUGGUUUUGGCUCUUUUCGGUCUCAUCUCCACAGUGUCUGGAGCAAAAUGGCCGAAUACGACAACAAUGAUGACAACGACAGAUGGAGCUGGAAAAUCAUCAAUUUCAGGAAUGUGGGUGACAUGCCACACAUCGUUGGAAAACUGCUUGGAGGCGUGCUACAUGAGCUGCUACAUUACGGAUUUGUGCAAUGACGAGCCGGAUAUGGCCGCUUGUGCUCCAGGGUUGACACAGAUGGUGAUCCUCACUCUGCUGUUUGUCAUCUUUUUGACAACGUGCUGUGGAGUCCUGUGCUUCUUUGCUCCAUGCUGUUGUUGUGCAAUCAUUUACAAAGGAUACCGUGCUCGCCAAGCUGGUCGGCGGAAUCGCAACGAAGCGGACAAUAUUGCAUAUCCAUCGGCCCCACCUCUUUUGGCAAAAGUUUGA